CAGCCGCGGAUUUUAACAAAGAGCACACAAAGGAAAGGAAUAAAGAACGGAAGGAUAAGAGCAGAGAGUGCAAAUCUGUUACUGUUACUCGGCCCAUGCGCACAGCUGAUCCAGAACCUGGCCUAACGGUAAACCGAUUGUCUCGGACUUGAAAAGCGGAAAUCGAAAGCGAAACGGAAGUCGCCUGGAAAAGCGGAGCGGAAAAUAAAACUGCCCGCUAACCGCGGGAGCCGAGAACCGAAAUUCAAAGCCACACAGGCUAUAACAAAGAGAAUAAAGUAGACCAAGCAAAUUGAAGAUGUUCCAAGCCCUGCCCCGUCCAUCAAGGUCCACGCUCCACUGUGGAGCGGCAGCCAUCGUCACAGUCAUCCUCAUGGCCUGGGUCCGACCACUGGGCGUGCUGUUCCUGGGAUUCCUGGGCUAUUGGAUCUACUGGACACGCUGUAGCUUCCGGAUUGUGCCCACGGACGAAUUGCGCGGCAAGAUAAACGGCUGGCUGCAGAGGAUUGACGACUGGCGCCACAGCAGUCCCAGCAUGUUCUGCUUGGCCAGCAGCGGCUGCUUGGGCACCCUUGCGGUGCUCGGCCACCUCUUCUCCGGCUCCACGCUGGUCCUGGCCAUCCUGGUUGUCUCGGCCCUUGUCUCCACCAAGUACACCUUUAAGCUGCUGAAGAUCGAGCACAAGGACUUCCAGUGGUCGGAGAAACUCAACUACAACAACUUGGAAGCCGAGGCAGAGGACGAGUUUCUACCGGACGUGAACGAAUCAAAUCUGUUCGUGCUGGAGCGGGCAAGCGAUGUGGCCACGAUCAGUUCACCCACCGAUGCAAAUGACGAGAAGGAUGACGAGCGCAGCGACGAUAUACCGUCGGAGCUGCUGAUUCCGGAUGUGAUACCCGAGAUCGACGAGCAGUCUACCGACGAAGACGAUGAGCUGGCUCCACUGGCGGCCAAGAAGCAGCAUGGCGAAAACCAGCAGCAGCAGCAUGAACAGCUAGCCGAGGAGAACGAGGAUAUGAAAUUCAGGAAGGGUCACUUCAAGCGCGAUUCGUCCCUGUCCACCACGUCCUCGUCUUCGGAGGAAAGCCUGUCCAAGGGGCUGCAGUUCCCCGAUCACACCUCCGUAGACGCGAGUGGCAACACUCGGUUGCGCCAGAUAACCGCAGGACCCGAUCCCGCCGGCGAGCUUAUGGCCCUGGCCGUGAAAUCCCAGGCUCAGGCGCUUUUGGCCAACAGCGGGAAGCUCCUGCCCAGUCUUGUCUCCGGUCUGGUGCAGUGGGGAUCAGGUGGCGCUGCCGCAGCCAGUUCCGGCGAUGAUGCGACCGAUGCAAGUCGGGAUCGCAAGCAGCAGCGCAUGGUCACCGCCUUGGAUUCUUCGGAUGAGAGUGACUUUGAGAUACUCGAAACGGAUGAUUUCAAGUAAAGAUUGGAUCAAAUCGGAGAUCGUUCCGAUUUGUCGUAUUAUAAAGCUAUUAUCUUAAUAUACAUAUGCAUACACACACAGUACACAAACCAAUCGACAGACAGAACAAGGAAACUCAGACGACGCGGACUGUUGGAACGGUUAUAUUUUCCCUGGUGGAGAUCAGUUAUAUAUUUUGCUAUACACUAGUGCUCUAUAUACAUAUAUACUAAACUAAACAUACAAAACUACCCUAAAAUUAAGCCGAAAGUUUUCGUUUUCGUUUGAUUGCUAUGUACAUUUUUGUUUAUAUAACCUUAUGCUUAUUCCUAUUUUACUAUUUGACUCUAGUUUGUAUUAGUCUUGUUAUGCCUAUCUACUGAUCACAAACAGAAACAAGAACGACCGACGCAUGCAAAAUGUACAUAUACUACAGAUACACUUAUCUAUAUGUAUGGUUUAUAUUGAUGUCGCUGUGAGGGCAUUAAGCUACUUAAUCUGAAUCCAAAUCAAAAGCCUAAAGCAGCAAUUUAAAAACCAAAAAAUGACAUUAAGAAAACAAACAUGAAAUAUGGUUCAGAGAUAUCUAUAAAAAAAUUCGGCAUAAAACGUGCACAAAUCAUAACAAAACAAAAAUUAUAAGAAAUUGAAGACACUCGUUUUACUGGCGACUUUUGUCCCUGGCUAUCAUUGUACGUUGAAGAACAUAACUAAAACAUUAAUUCCUGUGAACGAAAUUUUUUUUGUAUUUUUAUUAUAAUUUGCGCUAUGUAUUUUAAGUUGUAAUUUAAUUUGCGAAACAAAACUA